CAUUAAGUCUUUCUAAAACGUCAGUAAGACAGAUAGUGCGUCGAACUCAAAAUUUUUUCAAAAUUUUCGUUACCUUUUCGAUUUCGAUAAAUUCUUGUGAAUCGUCAAAAUGGGUAUUGCAGAUGAGUUUUUGAGGAAAGAAGAACAGGCUAGAAAAGAAGAAGAUGAAGAGGAAAAAGAGGAAGACGAUGAUGAUGAUGAGGAGGAAGACUUGGAGAUCUCGAGUGUGGAAGACAGGGGGAAAAUGGAAGGUGAUGAUGAGAGUGACACAGAAAAGAAGGACGAGAAAGCUAUUGACAAGUCUCUCUUUUUCAGAUGGUGGAUUAAACCCAGUAUAAUUUACGCAUUUCGCCAUCCUCUGGUUACAUCGAGAUUAGAAAAAUUGAUGGGAUCUAAUUGCGUGAGCCUCACGGAUAGAGAGUUCAUGCAAAAAUUGCAGCAAAGGAUUUUGAUCGAAUAUGGAAACUCCGCAGAGAAAAGGAUCAGAUCCAGAGAGAUGGACGAAAUGGAGAGAGUCAAAAAUUUAGUUCUAACUGGAAAAGUUCCAUUUUCCAAAGCUCCACCAGAAAUGUUUGAUCAUCCUGUUAUGGUUAUCGAGCGAUAUUGUCAGAAAUUAAUUGCAGAAAGGAGAGCAAAGAUCAAAGUGCCUAAAGUCAACAUUCCAAACCAUCUCUACUGGGACGACACGAUAGAUCCUCCUUCAGGUCUAUCUAUAGAGAAGGGACACAUGUUCCGAGAUUCUUUAGACAGAGUUUGUAUUCCACCUUUAAGAUUCUUGUCCGUGGAGGACGAAGAAGACAUAGAGUCAGGUUACAUGUUAACCAGUGCCGAAUUUGAAACCUUGAGAUAUGAAGAUAUCAAUAUAAGGAAGCUGAGAGAUUGCCAGACUGUUGAAGAACUCUAUCAGCUAUCCGAUGAAGUUGUUGGAAACUUGAAAACGAUGGAAUCAAGAUAUACAGAAGAGACAGAAUCGAAAAUGUCAACACAAACAACGUAAAAUUUCGCUACAUUAGAUAUAAGUGGUGAAUGUUUUUCAUUUUCAUUAGGCAUAAAAUUUAUGUAAGAGUAAAAAUAUUUUGUUUGUUCAUGGUCAUUCGUGAAAUAACAAUAAUGCCGCCUAGGA